AUGGUGCGGUUACCGUUGCCACAACGUCUCAGCACCCACCUGAGCACUAAAAGCAACAACCCAACUCCCGGUCAAAGUAGGAGCGCAAGUCCGAUGAGAAUGCCUGAACAGAAGCCGUUGAUCCUGAAGGUCUCUGUUAUCCGGGGACGAGAUCUUGCAGCCAAAGAUCGAGGCGGGACCAGCGAUCCGUAUUUGGUAGUUACUCUCGGAGACGCACGACAGUCGACACCCACAAUCCCCAAGACAUUGAAUCCAGAAUGGAACGUGACAUUUGAAAUGCCAGUGGUCGGCGUACCGCUGUUGGAGUGCAUUUGUUGGGAUCACGACAGAUUUGGCAAAGAUUACCUUGGCGAGUUCGAUAUCCCGUUGGAGGACAUAUUCCAUAACGGCGACGUACACCAGCAGCCAAAAUGGUAUACACUCAGGUCGAAGCGGAAACCGACAAAGAAGAAGGACAGUAUGGUGUCCGGGGAGAUUCUUCUACAGUUUUCAAUUAUCGAUGCAUCGAACCCUACCGCCUCACCGACCGAGACAUAUCAGAAAUUCAGAAACUUGGUCUGUGCUGGGGAUGAAGAGGAUGAAUUCCUGCAGGUCCCGUCCAUGAUGCUGGACGAUGCCGAUAGAGACGAAGAGACCUCAGAUGAGACGGAUGAUCCCACGAAGCCUGAGGUUGUGGAGAAGCGGAAACGUAGACUGCGUCUCAAGCGCCUGAAGCGCAAAUCUCUUGCAGCAAGAGCAUAUCAGUUUUCUGGUGCUGGCAACGGGGUGCAGGGUAUCGUUUUCAUGGAAAUCGUCAAGGUGACGGAUCUUCCGCCGGAACGGAAUGUAACACGCACUUCUUUUGACAUGGAUCCAUUUGUUGUCACAUCCCUCGGCAGAAAGACGCUUCGAACGCCGGUCGUGCGUCAUAAUCUCAACCCAGUAUAUAACGAGAAAAUGGUGUUUCAGGUUAUGAAACACGAACAAUCGUACACCAUCGGUUUCACGGUUAUGGACAGAGACAAGUUCUCCGGAAAUGACUUUGUCGCUUCCGCUUCGUUUCCCGUCCAAACUCUCAUCCAGUCAGCUCCCGAAGCCGACACUGAAACCGGAUUAUAUAAAUUUGUGGACCCAGCAUCUGAUCUAACGGGAGCUGACCCGGGCUCUGUCGCGAGACCCCCUGAGAUCAAGAUUGCAAUCAGCCGGUCCCCUUCAGUCCAGAGCUUGUCGACUUCUCCCAAAUUCGGUACGACCCCCAGGGGCUCCUCUACUUCCUUGUCAAGCCAGACAUUGCAAGAACAGUCGACCUUGCUCCCUCCGCGAAGUAUCCCUGAGCAGGGUGAGAGCAGUAACCCGUCCACCCCGACAGCGGCCUCUUUCGAGGGCGAUCCGAUCGGCCCGCUCGAGUCAAACGGCCUUCAGGUCUAUCGGAUCCAGUUGGCGUUGAAAAACAAGGAGAGGUGGGAGGAUAAGCACUUCCCGGAACUUUUUGUCAAGGCGAAAUAUAUGCCCUACCGUGCACUCCGGCAGCAAUUUUGGCGACUCAUGCUGAAGCAGUAUGAUGCCGAUGAGAGUGGCCGUAUUGACAAAGUCGAACUCACGACGAUGCUCGAUACGCUCGGGUCAACCUUGAAGGAGUCUACUAUCGACAGCUUUUUUGAGCGUUUCAGCUUGGAGAACCAGCCCAGUGAGACCAUGGACCUGACGUUUGACCAGGCCGUCAUGUGUCUGGAGGAUACACUUCAGGCUUUGCAAAAGGACCCUGGCUCACCUCCCAAGAAGCUCACUCCCACUCCGUCGACAGCCAGCCGCGAGAGCGAUGAGCAAUCUAGUGGCGAUGAGAUCACUGUCGAACCAGGUAAUGCCGAUCCUCAUACUACGUCCGUACCGACGCUGUGUAGCGAUGAGCAGCCGAGUUCGGCCGAGGAGGAUCUUCGCCCUGAUGAUUUGGGCGAUGAACGGGGCGAAGAGCAUGUUAUCGAACUGAGGGAGUGUCCUCUGUGCCAUCAACCACGUCUCUCAUCACGGUCUGAUGCUGAUAUUAUCACACACAUUGCUACAUGCGCGAGCCGUGACUGGAGACAGGUAGAUAACCUUGUCAUGGGCGGAUUUGUAACAUCGAGUCAGGCGCAGCGCAAGUGGUACACCAAAGUUAUCACAAAGAUUUCCUAUGGUGGAUACAAGCUUGGGGCGAAUUCGGCCAACAUACUUGUUCAGGAUCGAGUUACGGGCCAGAUCAAUGAGGAGCGUAUGAGUGUCUAUGUCCGGCUGGGCAUCCGGCUGCUAUAUAAGGGACUAAAAAGUCGGGAAAUGGAGAAGAAGAGAAUCCGCAAAAUCUUGAAAUCACUCAGUAUCAAACAAGGCAGGAAGUACGACGACCCGGCAUCGGCAAGUCAGAUCCGGGACUUCAUCAACUUCCACCAACUUGACAUGUCUGAGGUCUUGCUCCCGCUGGAAAAGUUCAGAAACUUUAACGAGUUCUUCUACCGGGCCCUCAAGCCCGAUGCUCGGCCCUGCUCGGCCCCCGAGGAGCCCAGAGUCGUGGUGUCACCCGCCGAUUGCCGGGCAGUCGUUUUUGACCGUAUUGAAGAGGCGACCAGCAUCUGGGUCAAGGGACGGGAGUUCUCCGUUGCCAGACUUCUGGGCGAUGCUUAUCCCGAGGAUGUGAAGCGCUUCAAGAACGGAGCCUUGGGAAUCUUCCGCCUCGCGCCGCAGGAUUAUCACCGCUUCCACAUCCCGGUGGAUGGCGUCUUGGGAGAGCCCAAGACUAUUGAAGGUGAAUAUUAUACCGUGAACCCCAUGGCCAUUCGCUCCGCGUUGGAUGUGUACGGCGAGAAUGUCCGAGUCUUAGUGCCAAUUGACUCGGUUACUCAUGGCCGCGUCAUGGUGGUCUGCGUUGGAGCCAUGAUGGUCGGAAGUACAGUCAUUACUCGCCAGGCUGGAGAGAGGGUGUCCCGAGCUGAAGAGCUUGGAUACUUCAAAUUUGGUGGAAGCACUCUCCUUCUACUCUUCGAAGAUGGGGCGAUCAAUUUUGAUAGCGACUUGGUAGACAAUUCGAAGGGCCCUCUAGAGACAUUGCUAACAUGGUCUUCCUACCAGAUCCGAGUUGGCAUGUCUGUGGGCCAUAGCCCGGACAUCGCUCAGUUUGAGCCGGACAUGCCCAAGAAGACGGAAGAUAUCUCUCUGGAGGAGAUGCAAGCCGCCAAGCGCAGAAUCGAAGGCAGUCUGGCACCUCCGACCGAUGCUACUGCCUUUGCGUAG